GGGUGAGUGUGUGUGUAGCAAUUUCUGGUUCUGUUUUCGUUCGCUUCAGCAAAACCUCUCUUCUCAGUUCUGAUUCUGCUUCGCGAUUUUUGGAUUUUUUUUUUUGUUUUUUCGGUUUCCGAUCUGAACUCUAUUCGAUUCGCCAUUGUCGGAAAAUGAGUCCUCCGGCUAGUGUCCGGUGAUGAUCGUACUCGUGAAAGGCUGUUCUUCUUCGUCGUCAUGGUUUUGUUUCGAGGUGCUGUCAGUACUCACAGCGCGACUCUGUUGAGUUGAAUUUCGCUGAUUUUGAGUUUAGUGAUUAUUUUUUUUCUCGGCAACCAAACAGGAGGAUAGAAAAAUUGCAGUGAUAGUAAAGUAUUUGUGAAAGUGAAGAUAGAAAUGGUUGUUGUUGUUGUUGUUGUUGUUGUUGUUGUUGUGAUGUGAUAUUUAUUGUUUUUAUACUAAUUGUAGUUUCCCUCUCUUUUGCGCGUUUGAAAGGUUUUGGCGCUGUCGAGUUCGUUUUGGUGAGGAUUCUGAUUAAGGAAAUUUUCUUUUAUUCAUUCGGAGAAGCGUCUAUCUGUUGCGGUUGAAUCUUGAAAUUUGUUAAUUUUUAUUUUUUUUCUCUUCUCCAUCUUCUAUGUACUGUUUUACGUGUGACAUGUGAAUUGGAAUGCUUAUUCCAGCUGAUACAAAACAGAGACGGAUCUCUUCCUAUUGUUCUUGCUUUGUUUCUUUUGCAGUAGCAUCGCCAUACCUUCUUCAGAUUCUGCUCACUUUUUUCACCACAACAACGGCUUUACUAUUUACUGUGUUUCCUGUCACCAAAAAUGAAAGGAGGUAUUCCCUGUAUCCACUCCUUGUCAGGGAAGAUCUGAAGCAGCGCUAGCUGCUCUCGUCUUUUAAUGGACGCAUACUCCUCUGGUGAAGAAGUGAUUGUUAAGACGAGAAAACCAUACACAAUCACGAAGCAAAGAGAACGAUGGACAGAGGAGGAGCAUAAUAGGUUUCUAGAAGCUUUGAAGCUACAUGGCCGAGCAUGGCAGCGCAUAGAAGAGCAUAUAGGAACAAAGACUGCCGUGCAAAUCAGGAGCCAUGCACAGAAGUUCUUUACAAAGUUGGAGAAAGAGGCCCUUGUAAAGGGUGUUCCAAUUGGAAAGGCCCUUGAUAUAGACAUUCCCCCUCCACGGCCAAAGAGAAAACCGAGCAAUCCUUAUCCUCGGAAGACCAGGGUUGGUACCGCAACAUUACAGAGUGGAGCAAAGGAUGCAAAACUCAGUUCAGUUGAAUCUUCACACGUUAACCAAGCACUGGACUUGGAGAAAGAACCACUUCCGGAGAAACAUAAUUUAGAUGAAGUGCCAACAACUGUAAAAGAAAAUAAGGAUGAAAAGCGUUCAAAAGUAUUUACUGUUCUCCGGGAGGUGCCUUGUUCCUCUGUAUCUUCCGCAAACAAGAGUUCUAUAACAAUGUCAGUGCCGCUAGGGAAUUCACGCGCCUUAAAGGAUAUUACACCUUCAGCGAAAGAGGCAAUAGCACGAAAUGAAAGAAAUGAAUCGUUCGUCACUAUUGAACUUGAGAAUCGGAAGUUGGAGACCGAUAAUGGAAAACAGACUAAUGGCACUAGUGAAGACUCCACGUUAGACAAUUCUGAUGCUUUACAGGUGAAAUUGGUUCAAAAUGAGAACACAGAUGGUCUUGAUUGUGCAUUAACAAUAGAUGGGAUGCAAGGCAAUCAGAAUUACCCAAGGCAUGUUACUGUGCACGUUAUUGACGGGAAUCUAGGAACGCGUACUCAAAAUCCACAAGACAUGUUGUUUAGAGACUCCAUGUUUCAGCCAAUAGGAGGGGUUAAUGGGCAACCUAAUCUUUUUACCAAUUCAGCUGCAUCGAACACUAGUGAAAGUCAAAACAACACAGCACGAUCUUCUGUUCAUCAAUCAUUUCUUCCUUAUCCUCCCUUCCCACAACAUAAUCAGGAUGAUUACCAAUCAUUUCUUCACAUGUCCUCCACAUUUUCAAGCCUUAUUGUCUCAACCUUGCUGCAAAACCCUGCAGCCCAUGCUGCAGCUAGUUUUGCUGCUACAUUUUGGCCCUAUGCAAAUCCAGAAACUCCAGCAGAUUCUCCUAGGUGCUCCCAAGGAGGUUUUCCACCUAGACAAAUUGGCUCUCCUCCAAGCGUUGCAGCUAUUGCAGCUGCUACUGUUGCUGCUGCAACUGCAUGGUGGGCAGCUCAUGGAUUGCUUCCUUUGUGUGCUCUUCAUACUGCUUUUGCCUGUCCUCCUGCAUCAGUGACUGCAGUUCCAUCAAUGAAUAAUACUGGUAGUGAAGCACCGGCAUCAAAGACAGACCAAGGAAAGACUACUCUACAAAAUCCUCCUCAGCAAGAUCAGAUGAUGUUUCCAGAAUACUCGGAAGCCCAGCAAGCUCAACAUUCAGCUUCAAAGUCACCAGCUGUCAUUUCAUCAGAUUCUGAGAGUGGAGAUGCCAAGUUAAAUACAUCAAAAGCUACUGAUCAUGAGAUGAACAAAACAAUUUCCGAGCACCUUGAUUCCAACAAAAUGAAGGGCAGACAACAGGUUGACCGUUCCUCAUGUGGUUCCAACACAACCUCUAGCAGCGAUGUGGAAACUGAUGCAUUAGAGAAGGAUGAAAAAAGAAAAGAAGAGCCUGAAACACCUGAUGCUAAUCAUUUAGCCAUUGAGUCUUGUAAUCGUCGUAGUAGAAGCGUUAGCAACCUGACUGAUUCUUGGAAGGAGGGGCGACUGGCCUUUCAAGCUCUAUUCUCCAGAGAAGUGUUGCCUCAAAGCUUUUCACCUCCCCAUGAUUUGAAGAAUGCAGAUCAUCAAGUGGAAAACAUCAAGGAUAACAAGCAAAACAUAGAUGAAGACCUUGACAGCAAGAAAUGCAGUUCCAAUUAUGAAGAAGUGCAAAAAAACUCGCCAUUUGUAGAAAAUAACGAGGAGGGACUGCUAACCAUAGGGCUGGGACAAGGAAAGCUUAAGACUCGUCGAACAGGCUUUAAGCCCUACAAAAGGUGUUCCGUGGAGGCCAAUGAAAACAGGGUUGGAACGACCGGCAAUCAAGGUGAAGAGAAAGGUUGUAAGAGAAUACGCUUGGAAGGGGAGGCUUCAAUUUAAGGCUCGAUACAUGCAUGCAACCACAUAAAGGUUUUGCACGUCAUUCUUAAUCUCCCACAACGGUGUACUUAUAUUGUUUAUUUCUAAUUCUGCAGCUCACGAAACUUGUCGUGUAGAUGUGUGUACCAUAUUAAAUUACUGUGUACUCUUUUACUAUCUUGGACUGAUGUUAAUGCUGUUAAAAACUCCGCUAAAUAGACUUAGAUAAGAUACAUUAAGUAUUGUUUGAGCCAUGAACAUUAAGUAAUUUAUGAUCCUUCAUU